AUGGCAUUGCCACCGCCACCUCCUCCCGCCGCGCCACGAGCGACAGCGACCGGCGUUGAGGCUGCACCAACACCAACACCAACGACGUUGUCGUCGUCGUCGUUCUCCUCCUCAGUAUCUCCUGCUCCUGUGCUAAAGAAGCGACGCGUAGAGCGACGCGAGCGACUGCGGAAGAGCGCUCUAUGCAAACACUUUGACAAACCCGGUGGGUGUCCGUUCUCCGAUUGCAAAUUCGCCCACGGACGCGUGGAGGUGAAUGACAAUAGCCCGCACUCGGUUGCGGCACAGCGGCGACUCAUUCGGGAGCAGGCAGUGCAUCGUGCCGAGGAGCAGUUCCAGACUGGCGAUCAUGGCGCUGUCACUUCCAAGCGUCGAGGGACAAUGAUUGAGCGCUACUAUACCGAGAUGUUCUCGUGCGACACAAUGGGCAAACCCAUGGAAGACCAGUACGUGCACAUGCACUCGAACCGGCUGUGCGUGGUGGGCGUGGCGGCGUCCCACCCAGUGAUGCAGGAAGAGGUGGCGAGGGUUGUGUUCCCUCGAAACGUGCUGGAGAACCACGUGACGGGCAAGAAGAAAAAGGGCGGCUGCUUCCUGCUGCCCGAUACGGUCGUGUGCGUCCUCAGGUGCAAAAGUGGCCGCGAGUUCACGCUGCGGAGUUGCAUUCGAGGCUCGUUGAUCGAGUUUAACAGUCGCCUCUUGACGGAGCCAGGAUUGCUGACGGCAAAGCAUCAAUCGGACGGGUACCUUAUCAUCAUUCAGCCGAAGAAGGUGGAAGUCGCAGAGAUCCAGGCAUCACUGCUUUCGAAGGCCGAGUACAAACAGUUCCGUGCCAUCUCUUCCAGAGCUAAUGCGACAUCCGAUGCAUUGAAUGAAGAUGCUGCACGAACGAAUGGACUGAACGAAGAUGCUGCAACGGCGAAUGGAUUGGACGAGGGUGCUUCGCAACCAGCUUCAGCAGAGCCGUUACAGCGCAUCGAAGAAGGGCCGAAGUCCAAGACCAUGCCAACGCAAGAGUAG